CAAGCGUUUGCGUUACGCAAAAAAUGUCCCGAAUGGCCCAAGUCGGAGCGUGGGUUGAAGAGCCGAAAAAACGCCGCUUGAUGGGCUACGGGCACGAGGAAACACUGACGCUUAUCGACUGCGUGCGGCAACGGCCAGUCCUUUGGCACAUCAACUUUUUGUGCAAGCGGAGCGAGAACGGCCUGAAGUAUUGGCAGGACAUACAGAGGCAGUCGUUUCCGCAUCUUACGGUGCGCCACCUGAAGGUUCGCUGGAAAACACUGCGGGACAGCUUUCGGCGGGAAUUCCGGCGAAUCGAGGACGGAUCCAUUGCCUCAUCGAGUUGGCCAAUUUACCAACAGCUCCAGUUUCUCAUCGGCCACUAUCGAACGAAACGUUACUACCGGCACAACCUGGAAGAAGAAGCAACCGAUCCGGGGCUGCCUAGCGAAGGACAGGAGUUGCUAUCAGCCACCGAUCAGAAAGUGGAAGCACUUUCCGUUGCAACUGAGAAAUCCGUGCUUCAACAUGCUGCUACUGCUUCAACCAACCCCCUGGAGGGUGCAAAUUCGGAACCGUUGUGUAUCGACACCAAGGGCGUAGAGAACAACAACACUGAGGAGGUUACAUUUCGAAACAAGUUUCGCAGACGCAAGAGAAGCAUUUCGCCUAAAGCCGGCCCUGAGACCGUCGUCACUUCCAACGUAAAGCUGUUAGCCGGUUGGCCGGACGGGAACCGCGACGAAGACUCGAACAGUGCGUUCCUGAUGAGCAUUUAUCCGUUUCUCAAGAGUUUACCGUCGCAGAAGAACAUCGAUACACGCGUACGCAUUAUGCAAAUAAUCACGUCCGCGAUGCAGGGACUGUGA